UGAAAAAAUUUAAUUUUAAAUAUAGUAAAUCUUUUUUAUUUCUAAAAACAUUUUUACGUUUGACGAAAAUUACUGACAAGCAUUAACUACCAGUUACCACUGUAGUGGUUCAUUCUGACAAGCGAUAAGGUUGUACCUUGUAUCACAGUUUAAUCUGUAGUUGUAUGAUAUCACAUAAAUAGUAUUAUCAAAUAUCAGUGUAGAUGUGUCAUGUGACCGUAAAGUUUUGUAAUUUUUUAAAUUUCUCUUUCUUUGUACUAAUAUCAUGUUACUAAACAGUUUCUUAAUGUUUAUCUGACUUGAAUAAAUCGAAAUGAAGUUUGUUGGUUUCUAUUAGGCAGACGGCGGACGUUCGAUUCUAAAUCAAUGAUCUAAUGAACAAAAUAAUAUAAUAAAUUAAAACCCUCGAGAUGGUUUUCUGGAAAUCUUUGGUCGCGUUCAUUUUGUUUUCGUUCUUUCUCUGUGAAAGUCUUGACGAUGAUGAAUUUGUUAAUGCUAAUUCUACAGCUCAGUUGGUUACACAGUUUUCUCAACAUCAAAUACAUGGCUCAAUAUUGUUUUCUCAACACACUUCACUCGAAGAUAUCAUUUUAUUAUCAGUAUCGUUGAGCAACUUUGGAGAUUCCUUGGAAUGGUCUUGGCAGAUUAGAGAAUUUCCGGUUGAUUAUUCAAUUUUAGAAGAACGAUGUACUGAUCGAAAUCUAGGAUCCAAGUUGUAUAAUCUCGAUGAUACAUUUGGAAAAUUAACCAUUGAAAAUGAUACACGUUUACAAUUUUCAAUAUCCAAGUCAAUUUUGGAACUUACAGGUCGACUAGGAAUUUGGCAUAGAUCAUUAGUAUUAAAAAAUACAAAUGGAAAAACAAUAUGUUCUACUAUCAUGUCUAAAGAAGAUUCCGAUAUCAGAGUGGCUCAAGCAAAGUUUCAAACCAGAUUUUUUGGCAGCAUUUACAUUAUUGCUGUCGGAAUGUCUGGUAGUCUAAUGGACGCUAUCAUAUAUACCGAUCUUGACGAUAGAAAAAGUUUAAAACGAGAAGUUACAUCUCACAACUGGAAAAUAUUUUCAAACGAUGUUCUAGAGACACAUUUGGAUAAAUCUAAACUCAAUUGUGAUGCUCUACAAAUUGUAUAUGAUCCGGAAUCAACUGGUUUAGGCGAUUUAACUGCUCGUCUCGGUCCAGUCAACAUUGGAAAAAAAACAUUAAUAAGGGAUCCGAAUCUGGCUACAUUUGAUAUCGAGUACGAGAGCAGAGCAUUGUACAUGGUGAUAUUUGACAGUGAUCGUGUUGACAAUAUUUUAGACUGUGCACAAAUUAACAUAAAAAAAGGCAUCACAUUAAAAGGAUUGAUUAAUGAAACCGAUGUUAAAGCUGAACUAGUUUUUUGGCAAAGAUCGCCAUUUGAAAUAACACAUAUUUACACGAAGGCCGAGACCAACCAAAUUAAUGUUGCUUUGAGAUUACAUGAAAUGCCUCCUAUUCCAAAAACGUAUAAAAUGCCAUUAGACCAAAAUGUCAACUGUUUGGGUAUUGGCAAUAUUUAUAACCCCACUGGUAAAACGUUUCCUGCACCCAUCGAGAGAAUAACCCAAGAUGAAUACGCAAUCGGCGAUUUAAGCGGCAAAUACAAUUACGACGGUUCUAGUUGGGAUUUAUUUUUGCCAUUAUUUGGUACGAGAAGUGUUAUUCAUCGAUCUUUGGCUUUAUACAAAGAUAACAAUAUUUGGACUUGUACUACACUGUUGCCGUAUUUUGGACCUAGAUCUCAAACGAAAGUACCAUAUUUAACAGCUGAGGCAAUAUACCGAUAUCCGCUUGUUGGUAGAAUAAUAUUUCGCCAACCUGUCGACAUCGGAGCUCUAGAGACUAUAGUAAUAGUUGAAAAUUUAGUUCAUGCCGACGGCACUACACUAAAAAACUCAGAUCAACAUAGGUGGUCGGUUAACACGAAUCCUCCUGGUAAAGAUUUUUACAAUUGGCAAGAACGAUGUAAAAGCGCCGGAGCGAUAUAUGAUCCCCAUAAGGUAGUUAAAAACAACAUGACAUCUAUGUGCAGCAAAUCUCUCAAGUACUGUAGUGUAGGCGAUCUGUCUUCUCGGUUAGAUACUUUGUCGAUUGCGGGAAAUAAAUUGAAUUCUAUAGGAGUGAGUAGACGUAUGUUUGUGGACGAAUACAUGUCGUUAUUCGGAAUACAUUCUAUUAUUGGCAAAGCACUUGUCAUUUAUGGUGAUCACGGACCCGAAGCUCGUGGCGAUCGAUUAGCUUGUUCUAAAAUUGAAAAAGUUUGGCAUCGAAAAGCAGUUGUAAAAGAUUGGUACAGCGAUGAUGAAAAAAUAUCCGUGUCUGGUAAAAUUGAACUAUUUCAAAUUUCCGAAUAUGAUCCGGUCGAUUUUGAAAUAAAUUUACAAGGUGUACAAGGCGCUUACAAUUAUUAUGUUUAUUCGAAUCCAGUCGAUGGUGGCUUAGAUUUACCGUGUGAAAGUUCUAACUUAUACGAAGUGUGGGAUCCGUGGAAUAAUAAAUUAACUGGACAGCUACGAUAUGGCGAUUGGAGUAUGCGGUUUGGUUCCAUUCAAGGAGACAGAGCAAUAUCAGCUGUCGGCAAUGACACUCAUGCUCAGCUGUUUGGUCAGUUGGUAUUUUUGGGACGAUCUGUAAUUAUUCAUGGAAUGCCUUCCAAAAAAAGAUUAAUGUGUUCGACGAUAGAGAGGGGAUACGCUCCUUCAGAAGCUCGAGAAAUACGAGCGAUGGCGUCAUUUCAUAAUCCGAAUGGAUUCCUUAAAGGAUACAUACGAAUGACUCAAUUGAUUUAUAAUGAUGGAAGCAAAAGUGAUACGGUGAUAGAAGUCAAUUUACAGUAUCCGGGGUCGUACAACAGAAACAUGACUAAAGGUCACAAAUGGGCAAUUUAUGUCAAUCCAGUCGGUAUUGAUGCAACUGUUAAAGAUCUAGGAACACGAUGUACAGCAGCCGGAUACAUUUGGAACCCGUAUUACACUCAGCUAGCCGAUCCUUUAAAUGUUAAAUUGUAUGAAGACGAAUGUGGUUCCGACCAACCGCUACGAUGCUAUGUUGGAGACAUAUCGGGACGUCUAGGCACGAUAGACAUAGGAUCGCACUCGAUGGUAUUUUCAGAUCCAAACUUACCUUUAGAAGGGGACAUAUCAGCUGUUGGUCGAUCGAUUGUGGUAUUUUCAAAAAAUGGUUACGAAAAAUUAGCAUGUGCCAAUAUUGAAUACGAUAAAGAUAUUAUCAAGUAUGUAAACGUGAGGAAAACUACAAAAUUCGAGACGACCCACUUUUUCGAAGCCGUCAGGAACGCUUUGGGCGUCCCCGAAUGGAUGUUGGCAGUAGAUAGUAGGAAGACUAAAAUAUUACACAACGGAGCAUGUAUUCAAUAUUUAGUCCACUUCAAAGGAGCAAUCGCUAACGAAUUAGAAUCCGACUUCAGCAAACUACUGACGACAGGGCAACUGCAUUCGCAAACAUUGAAAAUAUCUGGUUAUUAUCCCACAAAUGUUAAACUGAAAAUUCCUUAUCAGAAUUGCCCGGUGUAUAACAAAAAAUUGGCAUCAAGUACGUCAUCAGCAGGACAACCAAGCAAAUACGACGUUCGUUCAUCAACUAUUUGUCUCACGAUACUACUCGGCUAUUUAAGUUGUUGCCUGUUUUAGUCUUGAUUUCUUGGUAAUAUAUAUUUUUUUUUAAUAUUAUUAUUAAUUAGGAUUAUGUUCUGUACAUUUAAUUUGGUUGCCAAAGUGUUAGAUUAAGGUUAAUUAAUAUUUUAUAUGUUUUGUACUCUGUCCUAUGCUAUUUGUGAUAAUUUAUUUAACUCAAUUAAAUAUAAUAUAAUUUUAAAUUUAAGUAAAUGUUGACCAUAUUUUACGUUUACAAGUUUAUAGCAGCCAAUGUUUAUUGAUUAUUUUUAAAUACAAUGAACGCAUUCUGAGAAAAAAUUAUAACCUU